AAAAAUGGUGUUUGGUGUUGUGCUGAGCCACAGCGGAUGCCAAGUCUUACAGGCCUCGCUUCUCCUUCCUUUCGCAGGCAAUAAACCCCCGACGAGUUCUCUCAUUUGAUUGUUUCCUCUCCAGACGCGAACCUUCCUUCUUUUCAACCCAAAAUCACCGAUAAUAAAAGCCGCGGUUCCCCGAUCUGUUCCGGUCUCCAAGAACCCGUCUACCUCUCCGGUCUCUCUUUCCCCGCGAAAUUUGUCUGCGAUUUCGUGGAGCGAUUCCGCGGCUUCUCGCCGGUCGCCGCUCUCCAGGAUGCGCAACCUCCUCUCGAAUUCGUUUGAGCUCAACAAGGAGGAACGUCCCCCAGGGAAUGUCGAUAUUGAGCUAGGUUUGCAAGGCGACCUGUCGGGUUCCGCACAGCCAGGUUUCGAUGGCUUCUAUGAACAGGUCAGGGAGAUUAAUAAGUUGCUUGAGACGUUGACAAAACUACUGAAGGAUCUUCAGAACUCAAAUGAGGAAUCGAAGGUUGUCACUAAGGCAUCAGCUAUGAAAGAUAUCAAAAGGCGCAUGGAGAAGGAUGUUAAUGAAGUGACAAAGGUUGCACGGCUCACAAAAUCAAAACUUCAGCAAUUGAAUAAAGAGAAUCUUGCAAACAGAGAAAAGCCGGACUUUCACAAGGGAUCAGGUGUGGACCGAUCUCGGACCUCAGUGACAAUUACAUUGACUACGAGGUUGAGAGAACGCAUAUCAGAGUUUCAGACACUAAGAGAAGCAAUCCAGACGGAGUACAGGGAAGUUGUAGAGCGGCGUGUUUUCACCGUAACGGGCGAGCGUGCUGAUGAAGAGACUAUUGACAAGCUGAUAGAAACAGGCGACAGUGAGCAAAUUUUUCAAAGAGCUAUUCAGGAACAAGGGCGUGGAAGGGUGCUUGACACACUCCAAGAGAUCCAGGAGCGGCAUGACACGGUGAAAGAGAUCGAGACUAAGCUCCUUGAGCUGCAGCAGAUUUUCCUCGACUUGUCGGUACUGGUUGAGGCGCAAGGCGAGAUCCUGAACAACAUCGAAGUGCAGGUUACAGGUGCAGUGGAGCAUGUUCAGACUGGAACAAACCUCCUUCAGAAGGCGAGGGUCCUGCAAAAAAACACGCGGAAAUGGACCUGCAUAGCGAUCAUCAUCCUGCUGAUCAUCGUACUCGUCAUCGUCCUCUCGUUGAAACCGUGGGCAAAGAAGUAGGGAAAAAGAAGCAUCACGCUAUGCUAGGACAAUAUACGAUAUUUCAUAUGAUAUUUAUUGUAUAGCUUUUGCUGUGUAUACAUCAAUGCCAUAUGGUGCCGGAGCCGUCAUGUAUAUUUCUCUGAUUAGUUUUUGGUGGGGUGUGAACUUUGUUCGAUUUUGUGGUUCGAAUAACAAAAUUCAGCUU